AUGUCGGUCAUCAACAUAUCCUCAAACGAGCAAUUUAACAACCUCCUCACCUCCUCCCGCUUUGUCGUCGCCGAUUUCUACGCCGACUGGUGCGGACCAUGCAAAGCCAUCGCCCCGGUCUAUGACUCCCUGGCCCGCCAGCUGACUCGUCCGAACCACAUCACAUUCACCAAGAUCAACGGCGAUGAACAGACUGAACUGGCGCAAGCAUAUAGCGUGCGAGCGUACCCCACCUUCAUCGUUUUCGAGAACGGCCGCAAGAAACAAACCGUCGCCGGCGCCGACCCCCGCCAACUGAACGAAGUUAUCCAGAAACUUGCAUCCGAAGCUACCAAGUCCGAUGGCGCAGCUGGUGAUGUUGAUUCCGGUGCAGGCAGUAGCUGGCUCGGUGCCACUGUAGCAAAGAACUACAGUGAUAUUACGGAUCAGGUUGAUGCAAAGGGUCUGGAGCUUCUGAACCGAGACAACGAGCGAGGCGAACCACGAGUAUUGUUCGAUGGAGGCAAGCCAUCGGGACUAUCUGGGAAAGGAAAAGGGAAGGCAGAGGGAAAGAGUGAUUGGGUCGAGAGCGAUACGGAUGAGCAGCUGAUGCUGUACAUUCCGUUCCAGUCGACGGUGAAGGUGCACUCUGUCCAUAUUACUUCAUUCGCGGCCUCUGGCGAGGACAAUGAAGAUGAAGACGAUGACGAAGUUCCCAUGCGCCCGAAGACGGUCUCCCUCUACUCGAACCGCUCACAUGUCCUUGGAUUCGACGAGGCGGAUGAUAUUCCGGCUGUGCAAACUGUGGAGAUUAAGCCUGAGGAUUGGGAUGCGAAGACUGGAACCGCACGGGUUGAUUUGCGAUUUGUCAAGUUCCAGAACGUGACUUCCUUGGUUUUGUUCUUCGUGGAUGGUGAUGGGGAUAGUGAGAAGCUACGUGUGGAUCGCGUUCGUAUCAUUGGAGAUGCAGGCGAGAAGCGCGCGAUGGGCAAGUUGGAGAAGAUUGGUGAUGAGCCUGGAGAGUAA